AUGGUUGUCAAAUUGCUUUCAAUACUCCUGAUUAUACCAACAAUCUACGCUAAAAUAAACAUAGAUGUAAUCGCAGCCGGGGAAAACAAGCGAGAUGUGAAAGUCUUAGGCAGCAUCGUCAACGUGAUCUCUAAAACUGAACAAAAUACCUUUGGGCUGACUGACGAGAAAUUAAAGCAGUCCGUUUCCAAGUACUUCGGCUUAGUUCCUGAUAACGUGUACGUUCAUAGCCCAACCCCAUGGGGAGAUUUAUAUAAAACCAUGAAUUGGGAACCCAUCAGACGAGUGGUAGUUCCACAAAAAGCCGCAGUUUUAUCUGUAAAAUCUGAACCGGUUUUAGUGGCGAGAAAAGAAUUCGUAAACGAAGAUGUCGUACCAAAAACAAUGAAGACUGAAUUUCGCGAAUACGUGACAAAUGCUAUAUCCUCUAAAUGGGACACUGAGGGUGAAUUGGACGUUGAAGACAUUAUGUACGAACUGGACAUGAAGACUGAUCCUACUUUCAUAUCGUUCUCAUCAAAAUGGGGCCAGGACUCUGACAAGUACAUGCCAAUGACCGUCGGUUCCGAAAUCGAGUUAACUUUAGCACCCAAUCAGAAAUAUGUAGCCGAAUUGUACGUUACCAAGGAAGAAAUGAUGAUCCGAGUGGAUUAUGAGACCAGUCUUAGAGGAAGUGUCGCUAUCAACUUCGAUAAGGAGUAUAGAGGUCAUAAAUUCUGGGCGGUGGAUGUCAAUACACUAUCAACUGUCGGAGGUUUCAGGAAGGUGGUACAUUCAUCUGAGAUUAUUGAAUAUGUUCAAUUCAUUGACGCUAACAUAGUUGUGAAGGAUCCUGAAACCGAAGCCGUAAUCAAAACAUUGCCUUUGAAAUUCUGG